UUUCCAAAGAUCACCACCCUGCACGUUACGUUAGCCAGCCAACACACCGCCUCUCUCUCUCUCUCUCUCUCUCUCUCUCUCUCUUUCUCUCUGGCGUCAUCUUCUGAGUAGAAGCCUGACAAUGACAAAACUCAUUGUUUAACCCUAGCUCCUUCCCUCCCUCCUUUUCCGCUCCCCUCUCAUCAUCACUUUCUCAACUUCUUUUCCCAACAUUGACCAGAGACCAUUUCUUCAAUUACGUACUGCACCAUUUUCUCCGCGUUCCCAAAAAAAUCUUCACAAAUUUCAUCACCAGACCAAACCCUAUCUGGGUUUGUUAGCAUAGAAAAUUAUACCCAUACCCAUUUGAAGAAACACAGAGAGAGAGAGAGAGAGAGAGAGAGAGAGAGAGAGAGAGAUGGGGAGAGUGAAGCUGCAGAUCAAGAAGAUAGAGAACACAACAAACAGACAAGUGACAUUCUCGAAAAGGAGAAAUGGGCUAAUCAAGAAAGCUUAUGAACUCUCUGUUCUGUGCGAUGUUGAUGUUGCUCUCAUCAUGUUCUCCCCUUCCGGAAGACUCAGCCUCUUCUCGGGCAAUCGAAGCAUUGAAGAGAUUAUGGCACGGUAUGUGAAUCUUCCUGAGCACGAGCGAGGACGGCUGCAUAAUCAAGAGUAUUUGCAUAGAGCACUGGCCAAGCUGAAAGGUGAAACAGAUAGAAGCUACCAAGUACCAAGCCCAGUGAGUGCUGAUUCCCAAGUUGAGGAACGUCAACAAGAAAUUCUGAGAAUGAAGUCUCAGUUGGAGGGUCUGGACAGGCGGUUAAGGAUUUUCGAAGGCGAUCCUUGUGAAAUUACCACUUUGUGUGAGGCCCAGUAUCGGGAGCAAAUCCUUGAGGAGACGUUAAAACGAGUCUGUAUACGCAGACAAGUUUUGGAGGAAAAUUUCGACUAUCACAACCCAGAAACGACUUCACAGGUCUGUAUUAACAUUCCCUUUUUCUCUAGGAGAAUUGAUACACGAAUUAUCAUCGUCUUCAACUCGAAUGUACGUAGAUGA